AACUCCGCACUCGCUUUGCUCUAAAGCGAAACCUUUCUCUAGGAGUAGACAAAGCGAAAACGAAUUUUCAGCACUGUCAGGAGUGAUAACUGGUUAACCCAGAAGAUGGCUGAGUACUUGGCGUCAAUUUUUGGUACAGAAAAGGAUAAAGUCAACUGUUCUUUUUACUUUAAAAUUGGAGCCUGUCGCCAUGGUGAGAGAUGCUCCCGACUGCAUAACAAACCAACAUUUAGCCAGACGGUCCUGCUGCAGAAUCUGUACCUGAAUCCCCAGAAUGCAGCUCUCACAGCCGAUGGCUCCCACAUCACUGUCGAUGAAGUGGAAGCACAACAGGAGUUUGACGAUUUUUUUGAGGAGGUAUUUACUGAAUUAGAGGACAAGUAUGGUGAAAUCGAGGAGAUGAACGUGUGUGACAAUCUUGGAGAUCAUCUGGUGGGCAAUGUCUAUGUGAAGUUCCGUUAUGAGGAAGAUGCUGACAAGGCUGUGAAUGACCUUAACAAUCGCUGGUUUAAUGGCCGCCCCAUCCAUGCUGAGCUGUCGCCAGUGACUGACUUCAGAGAGGCAUGCUGUCGGCAGUAUGAGAUGGGUGAGUGUACACGAGGAGGGUUCUGCAACUUCAUGCAUCUGAAACCUAUUUCCCGGGAACUGAGACGAGAGUUGUAUGGUCGACGCAGGAAGAAGAGAUCAAGGUCAAGGUCACCACCCACACGCCGAAACCGCAGUAACAGUAGGGAAAGGGAUCGCCGUAGGUCUCGCAGCAAAGAGAGGAGGUCACGUAGUCGUGAGCGCAGGAGGUCCCGGUCACGUGAUCGACAUGGACGAUACUGAGGGAAUCUGGAUAAAUAUUUUCCACAUUAUUGUGGUGAAGUUUUGAGGAGUAAAUGGAAGGAUAUGUCUCUUUCAUCACAGAACUGUAUCAUUGUGACAUGAUCUUGGAAUGUCAGUUUAGAUGAUAGCAUUGCAAGUUAUGUUAAUGCUCUGUUUCUCUGUCCACUGAGCAGACACCUAUGAUUUUUGGUUUCAUUUGAAAUUUUCAUAAUGCGCUGAUAAAAAAAAUCAUCUGACAAAUCCAUAAUGUCAUCAUUGUGCAACAUGCGUUAUUCAUGUUUUAAUUGUAAUAUGAAAUAAAUACCUUUUAUAGAUA